AUGAUCAGUGUCAGCACUGCUGUUCCUCAACUCUUGGCCUAUCCGUUCGGGAAGUUUCUCGAGAAGACUCUUCCUGAUAUUGGUGUGACUGUAUUUGGUGUUCGGCACGGCCUGAAUCCUGGGCCUUUUAAUAAGAAAGAGCAUAUGUUGAUCACUAUUAUGUCGAGUAUAUCGAUGGGUACGCCGUAUACCAAUUACAUUGUUUGGAUACAGUAUCUUCCAUUUUACUUCAACCAGCCUUACGCGAUAAGCAUCGGGUAUCAACUCCUGCUGGGACUUUCGUCCAAGUUCAUUGGUUACGGCCUCGCUGGUAUCUGCAGGCGUUUCCUUAUAUACCCAUCAUAUUGUUUAUGGCCAACAACACUGGUCUCUAUCGCUUUGAAUACGGCAUUGCAUGAUGAAGUCGAUAUGCCCGUUCCUGGCCCCUUCAAGAAGACUUGGAAUACAUCCCGCUUCAAGUUCUUCAGUAUUGCAUUUGGAGCAAUGUUUGCCUACUUUUGGCUUCCCAACUAUCUAUUUGCCGGCCUGACCUGGUUCAGUUGGAUGACCUGGAUAUCUCCGAAUAACCGCGAUCUGGCAACUAUAACGGGAGGACACACAGGCCUGGGUUUCAAUCCUUUCCCGACCUUUGACUGGAAUAUCGUCACACUGGGCUGUGACCCUCUCAUGGUGCAAUUCUUUACCACCUUCAACCUGUUUUGCGGUACAAUGUUGUCGUUUUUUGUCAUUCUGGGGGUUUAUUACGGAAACGGCUACUACACAUCUUACCUCCCUGUUAACUCGAAUCGCGCCUUCGAUCAUUUUGGUGGACUAUACAAUAUCUCUGCUAUUCUAGAUGAGCGUGGGAUAUUUGAUCCUGAGAAGUACGAGGCAUACUCACCUGCAUUCCUCACGGCGGCUCAUCUAGGAUCAUACAUGAUGUUCUUCGCCAUGUAUACAGCUGCUCUCACUUAUGGUGCGCUUUAUCACCGCCACCAAAUCGUGUUAGGUUUCAAGAGCCUCGUCAACAGCUUUCGAUGUUCUAAAAAGGGAGACACAGAAGAUGGACAGGUGUCAGAUGCGCACGAUCGCCUUAUGAGGACAUAUCGCGAAGUCCCGGAAUGGUGGUACUUGGUAUGCCUCGCUUUGGCUUUCAUUGUUGGAAUUGUUGCCAUAUCUCAAUGGCCUACACAUACUACCCCAGCAGUUGUACCCUUUGGCAUCAUACUGAGUCUCAUCUUUGUUGUACCAGUUGGAAUCAUAUCAGCUACUACCGGCAUUGCUGUCCCACUUAACGUGAUAGCUGAGUUCCUGGGGGGCUCCUUUGCCGAAGGAAGCGCCAUUGCGUUGUGUUUCUUCAAGACGUUUGGAUACACAUCAUGCGCCCAAGCCAUACACUUCAGCGCAGACUUGAAGCUGGCACACUACAUGAAGAUACCUCCGCGCUUCACGUUCUGGGCACAAAUAGUACCAACGCUUGUUUCCACCUUCGUCUCUAUUGGGGUUCUACAGUACCAGAUUCACUUGGAGGGUGUGUGUACGCCAGAUGCGCCUUAUCGCUUCACGUGUCCUGGUCUGAACAAUUUCUUCACUGCUGCUGUGCUCUGGGGAACUAUCGGGCCUAAGAAGCUCUUUGGACCCGGGGGCCAGUAUGUCGAGACCCUGGUAGGCUUUCCCUUUGGUGUUGCUUUAGUGUUGCUGUUUUGGUGGCUCGGGAAACAGUACCCAAAUAACAAAAUUAUUCGAAGCACUCACCCUGUUGUUUUCCUUGGAGGUGGUAUGAUUUGGGCGCCGUAUAAUAUCAGCUACAUCUGGCCAGCUGUGCCGAUCGGCUGGUACUCUUGGAUGUAUAUCAAGAAGCGAUAUCUCGCUUUGUGGGCAAAGGCAAGUUCACAGUUCAGCUACAUUCAGUGA